AUGUACCUGAUCACUGUGUUUGGAAACCUGCUCAUCAUACUGGCUGUCAUCUCUGAUUACCACCUCCACAUACCCAUGUACUUCUUCCUCUCCAAACUGUCCUUUGUAGACAUCUGUUUCACUUCCACCACCAUCCCAAAGAUGCUGUGGAACAUCCAGACCCAGAGCAAAGCUAUAACCUAUGAAGGCUGCAUCACACAGAUUUAUUUUCUCAUCCUCUUUGCGGUAUUGGACAUCUUGCUUCUAACCGUGAUGGCCUAUGACCGCUUUGUGGCCAUCUGCCACCCUCUACACUACACAGUCAUCAUGAACCCUCGGCUCUGUGGACUGCUGGUUCUGGUGCCCUGGAUCAUGAUUGUCUCCUUGUUUUAUUGUACAAUGCUAGGAGUAUACCUUAGCUCUGCUGCUGCUCACAGCUCACACUCAAGUGCAACAGCCUCAGUGAUGUACACUGUCAUCACACCCAUGCUGAACCCUUUCAUCUACAGUCUAAGGAAUAAAGACAUGAAGAGAGCUCUGAAAGCACUGUUUGUGAAGGGACCCAUGUAA